GGCAAUUCCUUAUUACACCUACAUAACUACCAAUUACCAAUCAUCACUCUCCUAUCCUUUGUUCUUUUCAACCAACUUUCAAUUUCAACUCUUUAACCUUUCUUUUCCUUUCCUUUUCCAUAAAAUUCCCCUCCUAAUCCAAUCCAAUUCAAACACUUCCCAUGGGUACCGAGAUAUCGGAGCCUUUGCUUCUUCCCCCAGAUUCCAGCAGCAAAAGCGAUGUCGUUGAUACAGAUACAGAACAUAUUCCUGAAUGGAAGGAUCAGAUCACAAUUAGAGGGCUCCUAGUGAGCGCUCUAUUGGGUACCCUUUUUUGUAUCAUAACCCACAAGCUCAAUCUCACUGUCGGUAUCAUCCCCUCUUUGAAUGUAGCUGCUGGUUUGCUUGGGUUCUUUUUUGUGAAGUCGUGGGUUGGUUUCUUAUCCAAAUUGGGUUUUGCUAUUGCACCCUUUACCAAGCAGGAGAAUACUGUUAUACAGACAUGUGUUGUUGCUUGUUAUGGCCUUGCUUUUAGCGGUGGAUUUGGAUCUUAUUUGCUUGCAAUGGAUAACAAUACAUAUGAAUUGAUUGGAUCUGACUAUCCUGGUAACAGGAUUGAAGAUGUUAAGAAUCCUGAAUUGUCUUGGAUGAUUGGCUUUAUGUUUGUUGUCAGUUUCUUGGGACUUUUUAGCCUCGUUCCUCUUCGCAAGGUUAUGGUGAUGGAUUAUAAGCUUACAUAUCCUAGUGGAACUGCCACUGCAAUGUUGAUUAAUAGCUUUCACACUAACACAGGAGCUGAGCUUGCAGGGAAACAAGUCUCCUGUCUUGGCAAGUACUUAAGCAUAAGUUUAAUUUGGAGCUGCUUUAAGUGGUUCUUCAGUGGUAUUGGGGAUUCAUGCGGAUUUGAUAAUUUUCCCAGCUUUGGUUUGACACUUUUCAAAAAUACGUUUUAUUUUGACUUUAGUCCAACAUAUGUCGGAUGUGGUCUUAUUUGCCCUCACAUAGUGAAUUGCUCUGUUCUUCUUGGGGCUAUCAUAUCAUGGGGUUUUCUGUGGCCCUUCAUCUCCCAACAUGCUGGGGACUGGUAUCCAGCUGACUUGGGUAGUAAUGAUUUUAAGGGUCUUUAUGGAUACAAGGUAUUUAUAGCCAUUUCCCUUAUUCUUGGAGAUGGGCUUUACAAUUUGAUCAAGAUUAUAGCCAUAACUUUUAAGGAAAUGUGCAACAAAAGCACCAAAGAGAACCACCUGCCUACUGUGAGAGAGAUUGAAGCAGACGAUGAGACUUCCAAAUUGCUACUGGAACAGAAAAAACGAGACCAUGUAUUUCUGAAAGACAGGAUACCCUCCUGGGUUGCAGCUUCUGGAUAUGUGGGACUGGCUGCCAUAUCAACAGCAACAAUUCCUAUCAUUUUUCCACCCCUCAAGUGGUAUUUGGUUCUCACUUCAUACAUUAUUGCUCCUGCCCUUGCCUUCUGCAACUCCUAUGGAACCGGGCUAACGGACUGGAGUCUGUCAUCAACCUACGGAAAAAUUGGUCUUUUCAUCAUUGCCUCAUUGGUUGGAACUGAUGGUGGGGUUGUAGCUGGAUUAGCAGCUUGUGGGGUGAUGAUGUCAAUUGUAUCCACUGCAGCUGAUCUCAUGCAGGAUUUCAAGACUGGUUACCUUACUCUAUCAUCAGCCAAGUCAAUGUUUGUGAGCCAGUUGGUAGGCACAGCUAUGGGCUGUGUUAUAGCCCCACUAACAUUUUGGAUGUAUUGGACUGCCUUCGAUAUUGGAGCACCUGAUGGUCCAUAUAAAGCUCCAUAUGCUGUAAUAUUUAGGGAGAUGGCCAUAUUAGGUAUUGAAGGUUUCUCUGAGCUGCCCAAACAUUGCCUGGCUAUGUGUUGCGGAUUCUUUAUAGCCGCUUUGGUUAUAAAUCUUUUGAGGGAUGUGAUACCUAAGAGGAUCUCACAAUAUAUCCCUAUUCCAAUGGCUAUGGCAGUCCCGUUUUAUAUCGGAGCUUACUUUGCAAUUGACAUGUUUGUUGGGACAGUGGUAUUGUACAUCUGGGAGAGAAUAAAUCGGAAGGAUGCAGAAGAUUAUGCUGGAGCAGUUGCAUCAGGUUUAAUAUGUGGCGACGGAAUCUGGACAAUACCAUCUGCAGUUCUCUCCAUUUUCAGGAUCAAUCCACCAAUUUGCAUGUACUUUGGUCCUUCAUUGAGUAGCUGAGCAGCAGGGUAAAUGCUGUCUCUCUUGUAAAUACAUGUCAUGUCAUUUGAAGUGUACUAUUCAUUGAAUUCUGUAAAUGUGUUUGUGGGUUUUGAUUAUUUAUAUAUCGACCAUGGACUGGAAUGAGGAAAAAAGAAAAGAGAAGUGAAGUGUAUAUAAAACUCUCAUCACUUCCUGUUACAAGACCGAGAAGUGUUGAGAUUCAACAGCAGAAUCCUGGGAGCAGUAGUCUCCUGUCCUGUAUUUUGACACGAGACUAAAGCUUCCAUUAUCAUCA